AUGGAUCUAUUCCAGCCAAGAAGCCUUCAAAAUGGAGUCGUUCGCCAUCCAUUCCAUAAUCGUUGCUUCAUCCUCUUGGCAUCAUCCCUUGGUUCUGCAGUUGCUUUGACCAGUGCCGGCAGCAUUUUCAUGCAUCUGGGACCACGAUGGACUCUUCAGAUCCUUCAACAUCAGCUAAAAGACCCUUUCAUCCAGAACGCCCCAAUGAAUCCGAACAAAGAAGAUUCUUUGGUUGCCUUGCUUGGUUACACUUUCGUCCGUGAUAGUACCUCGGCGAGCACUUUCCAUGCACUCAUCCUCGCGAUCCGCGACACAUUUGCGUGGAGUUUUGUGGUCGUCUUUCUCUUUUCAAUACUGGCUCUCGUCCUCAGUGCGACCAUGUUCGCGUUCAAAGUCUGGAAAGGAUACUUCGAAUGGUAUGACGGCGCGGGGUUGCCUGAGGAGUGGAGAGUCAACCGCCAGCCCUCCCAAGACGUGGAAUUGGUGGCGAGGGGUACAAAUCACGCUUUUGAAGGUGAUGAAGUUGAACAGAGAGGUAGAGCUCCGGCAACUUAG